GGAGAAGAUGAUGACGUCAUCUAGCGCGCGCUCUGCUAGCGUCGAGUCUCGUGAGGCGAACAGUUCGCGGUACUUCACGUGUUUAUUGUAAAACACACUUAACCGUUUAAGCAACAAAGAGAUCUGCGCCUCCUUUAGUGAAGCUCCUCCCACAACAGCAUCACCUUCAGUGAAGCUCCUCCCACAACAGUAUCACCUUUAUCGUAGCCCCUCCCACAACAGUAUCGCCUUCAGUGAAGCUCCUCCCACAACAAUCACGCCUUCAGUGAAGCUCCUCCCACAACAAUCGCACCUUCAGUGAAGCUCCUCCCACAACAACCGCACCUUUAGUGAAGCUCCUCCCACUGCAGUUCAUCAAUAAAUGCUGGAAUAUUCCCUUCAGUCUACAAGUGAAGACGAACAUCAAAUCAUCAGGAAGAAGUGAAAUCUGCAGAGAGAGUCUUUAUUGAAGGACAGAGAAAACAUGAGAGAUCUAGAACCCUGCAGAAUCAAACACACUGAAGAACAAACAGAGUUGAUUGAUGAAAACAAGGAGCAUGAAGAACUGAAUAAAGAGGAGGACAAACAUGUCAAAACUGGAGAAAAAAGUCGCUCUCAAACCAAACAGAAAGUUUUAAAGAAGAAAAGAGAUGAGAAAUCUUUCAUCUGCACUCAGUGUGGAAAGAGUUUGACAUGCAAACAGAGUCUUGAAAAUCACAUGAGGAUCCACACUGGAGAGAAACCAUUCACAUGUGAUCAGUGUGAGAAGAAUUUCAGACAAUCGGCACACCUUAAGAUGCACAUGCACAUUCACACUGGAGAGAAACCUUACAAGUGUUCGCAAUGCAACAGUGGAUUCAGUCGGUCAGGAGACCUGAAAACACAUGAGAGGAUCCACACGGGAGAGAAACUGUUCACAUGUGAUCAGUGCGGGAAGAGUUUCACAGAAUCAUCAAACUUUAAGAAACACUUGAACAUCCACACUGGAGAAAAACUGCAUGAAUGUUUUCAAUGCGGAAAAACAUUUUUGUGGUCCUCGGUACUGAAGAAUCACCUGAAAAUUCAUUCAAAGAUGAAACCACAUUCAUGUUCUUUGUGUGGAAAGAGUUUUUCACAACUGCAGAGUUUAAAAGUUCAUCAGAAGAUACAUACUGGUGUGAGAGAAUAUAAGUGCUUUGAUUGUAAGAAGACUUUUAUUAGAGCUCAACAUUUGAAGCGGCACCUGAUGAUCCACACUGGAGAGAAACCGUAUAACUGCACUGUAUGCAGGAAGAGUUUCAAUCAAUCAUCUAAUCUACGCGUUCACAAAAAGAUUCACAGUCAGUAGAUCAUCUUCAGAUCCAACACUUUCAGGUCUGACGUCCUCACUAAACGUGACACAAUAAUGUGUCAAGAAAUAAAGCAUCUUCUGUGUAAAUCUGUCCUAACAAACAAACAUUAGCUAAAGUCACAGUGAAUAAAGUUCAUCUUCAAGACCUGCAGUUUCAACCGUAACAUUUUUAUGGGCUUCAGUUCCAAUGAAGUAAUCCACAAAAGAAUGCCACUUACAAUAGGACGACCCUUCGAAGGGGUAUCCGAGCCCUUGUGAACCUUAGGGAGUGUAUAUAU